AGAUGGCCUCUGCCCGCCGCUGCCUCUCCCUGCUGCUCCUGUCCACCUGCGUGGCUUUGCUGCUGCAGCCGCCACUGGGUGCCUGUGGGGCCCCACUGGAGCCAGUGUACCCAGGGGACAAUGCCACACCGGAGCAGAUGGCCCAGUAUGCGGCUGAGCUCCGCAGGUACAUCAACAUGCUGACCAGGCCCAGGUACGGGAAAAGAGACAAAGAAGACACCCUGAACUUGUCGGAGUGGGGGUCCCCCCACAGAGCUGCCCCCAGGGAGCUCACCCAGAUGGACGUGUGA